AUGAAGAUAAUACCAGAAAGUAUUAAAAGCUGUUUUAAAGUAAUAUGCGGGUGUGAUAGUAACACACUAUAUAGAAAGAAGAUCAUAGAUGGAAAGGUAUACUAUAUUAUUUCCUAUGAAGAUUUCAAAGGUAAAAAAAUAAAUUACAAAAUUACUCCUGAAGAAGUGAUGUAUGAUCUUGUUAAAUAUAAAUACAAUAGAAAAUUAGCAAAGAAAAAUGAUACAUAUUAUACAUCAAAUGCAGAAGAUGUGAAAUAUGAGAUCUAUGAGGAAAUUAUUAGAAGUGACGAUGGGUUAAUCAAAAGAUUUAAUUCCUUAAAAAGAUCUUUUCUAGCUAAAAUGACGAAUCAAAGAUCUAAAAGUAGAUCUGUCAGUAUUGUUAGUGAAAGUUUUCCAUCUGAUAAGUUAAGUGAGAAUAGUAGUAUUCAAUCAGUAAUUUAUCAACCCUUCUUUGCUAAUUUAUGUAAACCUUUAAACAAGGUAAUAGAAGAUUUGAAUAACAUGUCAAAACAGGGUGUUUACCAAAUUAAUUUGUGGAAUUUUAUUAACAUUAUAAUUGAUUUAUUUAUAAUAAUAGUUUCUUCAAUUGUUUAUUCGAUAGGAAAAUUGAUAACUGAAAUUAUACAAUUUAUUAAUUCAUUGUUUAACAAAUUCGGUUAUGGUGCAUCUAUUAGUAAAAUAGAAACAAAUAAAGUAGUCAAAGAAGAGGAUUCAGCAUCAGUUAACAAUAGUGAAAAAUCUGUUUAUUUAGAUGGUAAAAAGAUUGUUGUUAAGAAAAGUAGUACAAUUGAUCUAAAAGAUAAGAAUGUUAAUUCUCAAUUCACAAUUAAUAAUCAAAAUUCACAAGAAAGCAAUCAAUUAAUCAAAGCUUAA